AUGAAGAAGCGAGCCGACUUGAAUGAUAAACUGCAAUCCCUUCUCUGUACUACCGACAAGUGCAGCAUGUCUGCGAGAGUCGUUAACCUUUCGAAACGGAGUCUAACACCCGCCGAGAUAAGCCUACUCUCUAAAGGACUUAAAUUCAAUCAUACCGAUGCAGCACCAACAAACUUCCUAGCGAGUCUUGAAUCCGUCCUACUGGCUUCUGCUAUCCCUGAAGACGUGCGUGCGGACAUACGCAGUUGUGCCAGUGGUCUUCUUCGACAAAGGAAACGUCACCGUAACUUGACCGUCGAUGAAGAAAAAGGGUUGCGAUCUCUGAAGACUGAUGACAGUAUCGUGGUUGUACCUGCUGACAAAGGAGGCGCAACCGUCAUCAUGGACAAGGUUGAUUACGUUCGAAAAGCAAACUCUAUCUUUAAUGAUAGGGAAGCUUACGCACCACUCGCUGAGGACCCGACGAAGAAGCAGGCCGCAGUUAUAAAGAAGAAGGUGAAUGAACUCGCUCGACUGAAGCUGAUUAACCCAAAUGACUCUAAAUGCAUGACUCUCACUGACCCCCGUAUCGCGCAUGCAUAUGGCCUUCCAAAAGUGCACAAACCAGAUGCACCAUUGAGGAUAAUAGUGCCACUCAUCGGGUCGCCCACUUACAACCUAGCCAAAUGGCUUUACAGGCAUCUGAAGCACCUCGCUGAUGGAUAUAGCAUCACAAAUUCUCAGGCAUUCCUUCAAAGGAUUGAAGGUUUUAAAGUAAGUCCUGAUGAAAAUAUUCUAUCAUUUGAUGUUGUCGCAUUGUUUUCCUCAAUACCACAUGACCUUGCCAUUGAGAGCGUGGCCCAACGCUUACGAGACAAUCCCAUCGACCUUCCAACACAUCACGUUCUAGAAUUGCUUAAGCUCUGCCUCAAUAACUAUUGCCAAUUCGAUGGCAAAUACUACCAGCAGGUUAAGGGCACCCCAAUGGGUUCGCCAAUUUCGGGGCUACUUGCAGAACUAGUCUUACAACGACUAGAACAGGAUGUUGUGCAAAGUUUCCAACCAAAAACCUGGCUCAGAUACGUAGAUGACACAUUUGUCAUCGUUAAGACCUGUGAAGUUGAGCGAUUUCACCAGAGCUUGAAUGGCGCCUUCCCAGCACUACAAUUCACUCGUGAAGAUGCAAAAGGAGGCACCCUCCCGUUCCUAGACGUGAGCAUAUAA